UUUAGUUUCAAGUAAUUGAAAGUAAAAAAACAUCUCUGAUUUUGAAUCAUCUCUGUCAUUUUCCGGCGACAAUGGCGUCAGCUCCCAAGAACAUUGAGCAAAACCCUUUCUCCUUAAAACCCCCAAGGCCUCCGUCUUCCUCCGGCGCUGUAUCUUCAACCUUCGUUGCUUCCACUUCAGUAGAACCCCAAAUUAGGAACCCUAACCCUAGCACAAACGCCUUACCAUCGACCUCGAAUUCACCAAUUACGAUGUCACAAGAAGAUGAAUUACUCGCACGCUCCAGUCACCUCACACCCCCAGAGCUCUUACGACGCCGAGCACACAAUCUUAAGCAGCUCGCCAAGUGCUAUAAAAACCAUUAUUGGGCUUUAAUGGAGGAUCUCAAGACGCAACACAGGGAUUAUUGGUGCAAGUAUGGGAUUAGUCAGUUCAAAGACCAACAGAAUCAAUCGAAUAAGAGACGGAGGCUUGGUCCAGAAGGAGAAAUCGGAGCCGUUGAAGGUAGUGGAGAUAAGGCUAAUGAUGGUGGUAAUGGUGAUGUGUAUGCAAACAACAAUGGGAGCUGUAUGUAUGGAUGCAAAGCUAAAGCCAUGGCGCUUACCAAAUACUGUCAAUUGCAUAUUCUCAAAGAUAGUAAGCAGAAGCUCUACACUGGUUGCACAAACGUCAUCAACAGAUCUCCAGCAGGACCAUUACUUUGUGGAAAACCAACACUUGCAUCGACUGUUCCUGUACUGUGUAAUGUGCACUACCAGAGAGCACAAAAGAAUGUUGCCAAAGCUUUAAAAGAUGCUGGUCACAAUGUCUCUUCAACAAGCAAGCCUCCCCCAAAGCUCCAUGCUUUAGUAGCUGCAUUUGUGCAUCACAUUCAAGCACAGAGAAAAAAGGCACACAAGGAUGGUAAACUUAAAAGCGUAGUAAAAGAAGAAAUGACAAGCUGAGUCAAGCCGCGUUCCCACAAGUAAUUUAUUGGAUCAAGUCGUACAGAAGUGAAAAGGUGAGGACCUUGGCUUGGCUUACCAUAUCUUCUACAGAUUCAUCUCUUUCAGUUCUUGUGAGUAGAUUUGACAAGCGACGGGUUUUGUUACAGUGUUGGUAUCGGAUCUUUAUCAGCACUGAGCUAUUAAGAACAGGUUUUUCGGUACAGUGUAGGGUAUAGUCUUAGAGCUUAAGAUAGGUCUAAUUACAGUGGUAGUUACUGAGAUGAAGAUUCCACUGUUUCUGAAGACUUGAUAAGACCUGUGUUGGAACUCAAUUUAACUGUGUUUUGUUGCAAUUUUGAUCAAUUAGUCGAGUUAAUUCGAAAACUUAUGUAAUAGUCUAA